AUGAAGAUUAAUUUUAUCAGCUGGAAGUCAAAAGCGCCAAGUUCCUUAUCAGAACCACUAAUGCUCAGUUCAAUCCAAGAGGAUAGCAAUGCCUCCUUGCCUAUUUCCGUUCAAAUGCCCUUAACACUUGAUUACCUUCCUGAUGAAUUGAUCAUUAAUGUGCUCCUGCAGACUAGCAUUGAUUUGGAGACCCUUUAUUCGGUGGCUGGAGUAUCCCAGAGGCUGUAUCUAUUGGCUAUGUGUGUUUUACGUUUGUACAAGCUACCGCAUGUUCAAUUACAAUCGGUGAUAGAUCAGGAAGGCCAUGGGAAAUCUACAACAUUCUUUAAGUUUAAAUCACUAGAUGAAGAUAGCCAGAUGGCAACCUUUGUAAUGGCAAAAAUAGCGCCGAAAAGAUACUACAGAGACAAAUCAAGAGAGCCACCUGUUUUGAGACGUGUAUCAAUGACGGACGGUAAUGAAGAUAUUAUAAAGAGCAGCGGAUCCUUGAGAGGAAAAAUGGUGCUCAGGCAGCAAUCUUGGAUGACGGUCAAUACAUUUAUCUCUCAGAGCAGUGACGGAUCGAAUAUGAGUGAUAAAAACUCUCUAUUUCAGCCUGAUAUCUGGCAGAAUGAUCCAAUCGACAUCAUAAAGCCAAGCAGGACGCGACAGCUCAAUGUGAGAAAAAGCAUAGUGCGUGUCAUUCAGUCUCGUCAGGCGUCUCCUGCCGAAAAACACCUGCAUACCAUACCUUCCUGGAGAUUAGCAUAUUAUGUGGGAGAUUCUGACCAACACGAAGCUAUUGAAGCAUUAUGUACAUCAGUUCAUAAACCUGAUGCCUUUUACAGAUGGGUAGGGUUGCAGCAAUCGACCAACGCACCAAAACGACAACAAAAGAAGUCCGAAAAGCAAGAUGAAUGUUAUGUAUCACCAGCUGUUCUGACAGUACACCUAUCCCUCAUAUGUCGAUCCAAACGUGACAAGAAAGAUACCAAAUGGGUCCAAGCAGUGGAUUGGAUAAAAGAGAAAUGCAAUGGUCUAAAGAAUGUUAAUACAAAACUUGUUUAA